UUUCUUCUCAGCAAGUAAAGGAGCAGCGGCUCAGGCGGAACUCCCAUAGCUUGACCGAGAGGAUCGGGAAAUAGUUGCUCCAAUGCGGUCGUGACAGAGGGAGGGAAGAGGGCUGCUCAGUGCCUUAACUCACUUGAAAACAAAAUCUAGACAGAUCGGGGACCUAUUUAGUACGGCCGGAGCGGCGCGACAAUUAUCCCGUUUGGGCCAACUGCAGCUGCGCACAGUCGCAUUUCCGUCCCCGCCCCUGAGAGCCUGCAGAACAAUCUGUCAUGGCGGCCCGGCUGUUAGGUUUGUGCUCUCGCCGCCUUUUGGCAGCAGCGGCGACGCGAGGGCGCCUAGCUGCCCGGGUUCGCUGGGAAUCCAGCUCCGCCAGGGCUGUGAUUGCCCCGUCCGCUGUGGUGGGAAAGCGGACACCGGAACCGACUAUGCACUGGCAGGAGGACCCAGAUCCGGAGGACGAAAACUUGUAUGAGAAGAAUCCAGACUCCCAUGGCUAUGACAAGGACCCAGCUGUGGAUACCUGGAACAUGCGGGUCGUCUUCUUCUUUGGCUUCUCAAUCGUCUUGGUCUUAGGCAGCACCUUUGUGGCUUAUCUGCCUGACUACAGGAUGCAUGAAUGGGCCCGCCGGGAAGCAGAAAGGCUUGUGAAAUACCGAGAGGCCAAUGGCCUUCCCAUCAUGGAAUCCAACUGUUUUGACCCCAGCAAGAUCCAGCUGCCAGAGGAUGAGGACUGACUGGGUGCCCAGUGGGGCUCAAGAAGCACCACCUUCUUUACCCCCUGCCUGCCAUCCUGCCCUCUUCUCCGAGCACCUUAUUAAAGGGACUGAAA